AGGGGUAAUAUGAUACACAAGUCUGUAGUACAGGGGGUGUUUUUGUAUUUAACCAUAGAAUAAACAUUGAUUGGAGCCCAAACCCUAAACCCUCUCUACGGCUGCUCAUCUUCUCUCUCUCUCAUCUCACUCUCACUCUCACUCUAAACCGCCGACGACAUGGCCACGUCGUAUCUCCGUUCACUGGCGCGUGUUUCACAGAUCCGCCGCAUUUCUGCCGCCGCUUCAUACAAGCCGAAGGUGUUUUACUCUACAGCUUCGGAAAAAGAGUUUGAACGUGAAAUGCACGCCAUAUUGCAAGGACAAAUUAUCGACGAUUUAAAAGAUGUUUCGGAUCUUGAAACCAAACUUCAAAAAGACAUCAACAAUUACACCACGCUGUUGCUCGCUAAAAAACAGGACAUUGAAAAUGCGAAGGCGCGUUUGGAACUUUUCAAAAAGAAAUCUUUUGAUUAUGUUCUUUGUACAGCUGCAUUUCAUGUUACGCUCUUCGCUUCGAUUGGAGUCUUCCUCGAUUCUACUUAGUUUAAAUCUUAUGGUAUUUUUUUAAUUUUAUUUAUGACAUUUGAUUUGGUUCACUAUUAGAUCAUCUUUUGUAUGGUUACUGUAAUGACUAUUUAGUAUUAGAUCUUUUGGUAUGUUAUUAUCGGGUUCAGUUUCGGUUUCAAUUCGUGUUAUUUUUAAUUUCAUAUAAUAUUCGUCCGAUACUACUAUUAGCGGACCAAAUUACCCUCGGGGGUUAUUGUAAUCAUAUUAUUUACUUUGUAGUGUAUUUAAAAAGCUCUGUAAUUUCGAAA